UUUCUUUUUUGAUUGGGAUGAAAAUAAGGGUAGGUAGGGUCAGGGUCGGGUAGGUACUGUACGUAGGUUGAGAAACGAGACAAGCCUAAGGUACAUUGAGUUUGGUACUGAAGUACUACAAACGUUUCGCUUCAAGUCCAACAGCGGUGUAAUGUGACAAGUAUUGACUGCCUCGAUUAAGUUGAUUACUAGUCAACUGAAGCACCAUUGCUGUUGACCAUCAAACCUUGAAGGCGUAUGUUCGAGUCGUCAAGUCCCAGCAAGGUGGUUUGCUGUGGCAGCGGUCACAUCGUGGGGUUGCGCCCGUGUCUGCCGCAGAUCACGACCCAGACUAUCAAGUCACUAUUUGGCACUCCGAGGCCUGGGACCGGACAAACCCGCAAAGUCACGGGUGAGGCCCCAGGGACUUCUGGGUCCGGACCGGAAGGUCCCACACAGGAGGAGAGCAGAAAACCUAAGCCCCGGGAGGAUAAGGCAUCAUCAGCCGCCCCCGAAACCCCCUUUUCUUCAUCCGCAUCACCACCGGCUACAACAAUGGCCAUCCCAUCAAACCCUGCCAAGCGCCGCCGUAUCGCCCUCGGAUGCGAAGGCAGCGCAAACAAGUUGGGCAUCGGCAUCAUCGCCCACCCGCCCGAAGGUGAGGUUGGCGACCCGGUGGUGCUCUCCAACGUCCGGGACACCUUCGUCUCUCCCCCGGGGACGGGCUUCCUGCCCAAGGAUACGGCGGCGCACCACCGCUCCUUCUUCGUCCGGGUGGCACAGCAGGCCAUCCGGGACGCGGGCGUCACGGUGGCCGAGGUCGACUGCAUUUGCUAUACAAAGGGGCCGGGGAUGGGGGCGCCUCUGACGAGCACUGCCAUCGGCGCCCGCACGCUCGCCCUGCUCUGGGACAAGCCGCUCGUGGGCGUCAACCACUGCGUCGGCCACAUCGAGAUGGGCCGCGCCAUCACGGGCGCCGACAACCCCGUCGUGCUGUACGUCAGCGGAGGCAACACGCAGGUCAUCGCGUACGCCGAGCAGCGGUACCGCAUCUUUGGCGAGACGCUUGACAUCGCCGUCGGCAACUGCCUUGACCGCUUCGCCCGCACCUUGAAAAUCAGUAACGACCCGGCACCCGGCUACAACAUUGAGCAGCUGGCCAAGCAGGGCUCUGUGCUCCUGGACCUUCCCUACGCCGUCAAGGGCAUGGACUGCUCCUUCUCGGGUAUCCUGACUCGCGCCGACGAGCUGGCCGCCCAGAUGGUAGCCAAGCCGGACCUUUUCACCCCCGCCGAUCUGUGCUUCACUCUGCAGGAGACCGUCUUUGCCAUGCUAGUCGAGAUCACGGAACGCGCCAUGGCCCAUGUUGGUAGCACGCAGGUUCUCAUCGUCGGUGGCGUGGGAUCUAACGAGAGGCUGCAGCAGAUGAUGGGAGCCAUGGCUAAAGACCGCGGCGGCAGCGUCUACGCCACGGAUGAACGAUUCUGCAUCGACAACGGAAUCAUGAUAGCACAUGCCGGUCUCCUCGCUUACGAGACUGGUUUCAGGACACCAUUAGAAGAAAGCACAUGUACGCAAAGGUUCAGGACAGACGAGGUGCACGUCAAAUGGAGAGAUUAGUGAUUAGGGGUUCUUACUGCAAUGGGAUCUAGUCCAUCGAUAUCAUUCACGUACUUUGUUGAAAUCACCAAUUCAUGGCCCGUCUGACUACAAGCAAUACCCGUCUUGUGAUAACCUUAUAGCUUUCUACUUUCAAUGGAGCGAACUGAAUUGGCACGUUGCUUUGAGUAUCGGUGUUUCCCAGGUCCAUCACCCAAAGUCACUAAGCUGAAGGUGUAAGACAACUGACAAAACUCACAUAAUGUGGCAGAGAACAGAGCAUCGAGCCUUGCCAUAUAGAGGGCAUUUUCCACUAUCAAACUCAUGUUAUCGUUUACGAGAAGUGAUAUGUAUUGUACCAAUCAAGAAACGGCCAGCCACUAGAUCCAGUUGUUG